UGUGGGCACGACCUGCAACACUGCGCAGCAGUCCUUCUCUCAAGGCUACACGGAUGGUUUCAAGACGGCCACGCGCGGGGGCGGGGGCGGCGGCGACGCCUUGCCCAGGAAUGCCUCGGGCAGCGGUGGCAGCGGCAGCGGCAACAGCUCUCGCGAUGUUGGCGACGUCGACGCUCCCGGCGGAGGCGUUCUUCACCCCGCCCGCCGUCCCGCCGUCGUCCUGGAAGCAGCAACAAGACACUUCUGCGAGAACGAUGAUGGCAUCGUUUCAAUCGCCGACCAACGCCGGGGUGGCGACCUCAUUCUCUCGUAACCCCGCGGCGACAGACGCGUCGGAACGGGGCGGGGCGAGGUUAAGGGUCGAGAGAAUGCAGCAGCGGAGAUUCAGCAGCAGCCUGGGCCGCCCCCUGCGUUCGUCGCCGUCCGACGGUGGAAGCGACGAUCCUUCGUCGCAAGGGAUGCCCGAGAGCGAGAAGCUGCGGGAGAAGCUGGAGACUAUCGCGUCCGCGUCUGGGGAGGGCGGCGGCGAGGACGGCCUGACUCAGAAGGAGCAGGAGGAGCUGGACGAGAUGGAGGAGGACAGGAGGGUGGAGGCGGAGGUGGACCGCUUGGAGGCCGCGGAGAAGGCCAAGAGCAUGGACGCGUUCCGCAUGAGCUUGGACGAAGACGACGACGAUGAAGACGACGCAGAGGACGAGGUUUAUGAGGAGAUUAUCGCCAACAUGACCAAGCCUCUUGGCAUCACCAUCGAGGAGUCCACGGACAAGGCGCAGCUGGUGUACCUCACAAGCGUCGGUGACAAGGCUGAGGCAGCCGGUCUGCAGGUUGGCGAUGUUCUCACCGGCGUUAGUGCUGUCUUCGGCGACGAAGUGUGGUCGGUCAAGGACAAGCACAUCGAAGAAAUCCGCUCUUUGGUCCGAUGCAGACCCGAACCCUUCAGCCUGAUACGUGUUGAACGAGGGCAUGUGUCGUUGGAGGAGAGGUGCGCGCCGGGCUUUGAUGAGGAGGACUUGAGCAACUGCUGGCAGCUGCCGGACGACAUGAUUCCGGGGGAUGGAGAGGAAUGCGAGCUCAAUCCUGACUACCAAAACUUGUGGGCAGCAGUGUACGAGGAGGAGAUGGACGUACUCACCGGGGAAUCGGCCGCAAGGGCGGCAGGGGUAGGCCGCGGAGGCGUGUUCGGGGGGGGAGGGGGGGGGGCACCGAAGAAAGGCAACCAAGGCCCUCCUCCCAGGGAGAAGCCGGGGCCGGGGUCGUUCAACGGAGAAACUUUCACGGGAGAUUCUUGGGACACCUCCGGGCCCAGCUUCUAAGGCCUACCUCUACCUCUUGACUUGGUUUUGCCGCGCGGGGCAGGGUGUCGAACUGCUGGUGAUGCGGCUAGCUAGAGGCUCUUCCGUUCGUUUGGCAUGCAUGGGUUUGUUGUUGCUCAUAUUGGUCGAUAGCUGC